AUGUCCAAUAAGACAAUGCGCGCCGUGGUCUUCAAUGGCCUACACAAAGUUGCCGUCGAGGACCGUCCCGUCCCCCAGGUCCAGCACCCGGAGGACAUUGUUAUCAAGGCGACAUAUACUGCGCUUUGUGGAAGUGACCUCCAUGUAUACCGUGGCACUGAACCUGCGGGAACAGGGUUCAUCAUGGGCCACGAGGUAACUGGUGAAGUUGUUGAGGUUGGUGACGCGGUGAAGACCGUGCAGAAGGGGGACUCUAUUGUUUCGGCUUUUACAACGUCGUGCGGAACAUGUUUCUAUUGCAAGGCAGGCUUCUCGUCUAGAUGUGACAAGAAUGCACUUCUUGGAUGCGACAAUCUAGAUGGUGCCCAAGCUGAAUAUGUCCGAAUCCCAAACGCAGAUGGAACAGUCAUCAAAGCUCCACCGGGAAUCGAGGAAAAGUACCUCGUUCUCAUGGGCGACAUUUUCCCAACGGGAUACUUCGCCGCUUUGAAUGCAUUCAAAAAUGUCACCGCAGAGCAAAUCGCCCAGCAGACUGUUGUGCUCAUCGGCUGUGGACCCGUUGGUCUCUGCGCACUGAUUAACGCCCUCGAAUACAAGCCCAAGCAUAUCCUUGCCGUUGACUCCGUCCCAUCCAGACUCGAGCUGGCUCGUUCUCUCGGUGCAGAGCCAUGGAACUUCCAGACAGACAGGGAGAAUCUGGGCAAGAGGGUGCUUGAGCUGACUGAGGGUCGUGGAGCAGAUGCUGUUAUUGAAGUUGUGGGUUUGAGUCCGGCAUUGAGGAUGGGAUUUGAUCUUCUCAGGCCUUGGGGUGUCAUUAGUAGCGUUGGCGUUCAUAAUGGAGAGAUACCGUGGAAUGGAAACGAGGCGUAUGGGAAAAAUUUGACUCUACAGAUGGGUCGAUGCCCCGUGCGGUCUGUUUCGGAUGCGGCGCUAGAGGUGCUGAAGAGGAACCAGCAUUUACUUGGGUUCAUGGCCGAUCACAUCAUGCCUCUGUCGCAAGCUGUCGAGGCAUAUGAUUUGUUCAAUGCAAUGAAGGUGCAAAAGGUGAUUUUUGAGGCAGCGAAAUAA